AUGCAGCCGCCCGCGCCCUCCCGCCUGGGUCUGCUCCUGCUGCUGCUCCUGUGUCCGGCGCACGUCGGCGGACUGUGGUGGGCCGUGGGCAGCCCUUUGGUCAUGGACCCUACCAGCAUCUGCAGGAAGGCCCGGCGGCUCGCAGGGCGGCAGGCUGAGUUGUGCCAGGCCGAGCCAGAAGUGGUGGCUGAGCUAGCGCGGGGCGCCCGGCUGGGGGUUCGGGAAUGCCAGUUCCAGUUCCGCUUCCGCCGCUGGAACUGCUCCAGCCAUAGCAAGGCCUUCGGGCGCAUCCUGCAACAGGACAUCCGGGAGACAGCCUUUGUGUUCGCUAUAACGGCGGCGGGCGCUAGCCACGCGGUCACGCAGGCCUGUUCCAUGGGCGAGCUGCUGCAGUGCGGCUGCCAGGCGCCCCGCGGCCGGGCCCCACCCCGGCCCCCCGGCCUGCCAGGCACCCCAGGGCCCCCCGGCCCCGCGGGGUCCCCCGACGGCAGCGCCGCCUGGGAGUGGGGGGGCUGCGGCGACGACGUGGACUUUGGGGACGAGAAGUCGAGGCUCUUCAUGGACGCGCAGCACAAACGGGGACGCGGAGACAUCCGUAUGUUGGUGCAACUUCACAACAACGAGGCGGGCCGGCUGGCCGUGCGGAGCCACACGCGGACCGAAUGCAAGUGCCACGGGCUGUCCGGCUCGUGCGCUCUGCGCACCUGCUGGCAGAAGCUGCCCCCGUUCCGCGAGGUGGGCGCGCGGUUGCUCGAGCGCUUCCACGGCGCCUCGCGUGUCAUGGGCACCAACGAUGGCAAGGCUCUGCUGCCCGCCGUCCGCACGCUCAAGCCGCCGGGCCGCGCUGACCUGCUCUAUGCCGCCGACUCUCCCGACUUCUGCGCCCCCAACCGGCGCACGGGUUCGCCGGGCACCCGCGGCCGCGCCUGCAACAGCAGCGCCCCGGACCUCAGCGGCUGCGACCUGCUGUGCUGCGGCCGCGGGCACCGCCAGGAGAGCGUGCUUCUCGAGGAGAACUGCCUGUGCCGCUUCCACUGGUGCUGCGUGGUGCAGUGUCACCGCUGCCGCGUGCGCAAGGAGCUCAGCCUCUGCCUUUGA